UCUUCCACAUGGGUAGAGGAGCGGCUUAAAAAAUUGACCCGUUAUAGAUUCGGGUUAUGUCGGGUCGGGUCGGAUCGUCUCUCUGGUGGAAAAGCUUUCAAUCCAUCAUCAAUGGUCGAUUGGGCAACACUCCCGAAGGAUCUCUUAGACCUAAUCUCGAAAUGUCUCGAUUCCUCCUUCGAUCUCGUCCAAUUCCGUUCCGUGUGUUCGUCAUGGCGAUCCGCCGCCGAGCCGAAGCGUCCUCUCCCAACCCAUAACCUCCCGAUCCUCCCCGAGAACGGCGCCAGCUUCUUCCCGGAUUCCGCCGUAGGAUUCCGACUCUCUCAGCGGAGCAUCUUACUCAUCAAGCCUCAUGAAGAGCCGCACAGUGGCGACGCGGAUCUGUUUGGAUGGCUGGUCAAGGUCGAGGAAGACCUUAACGUUCCUCGUAAGGUGACUCUUCUCGAUCCGCUGAGUAAUAGAGUACAUUCGCUUCCCGAGCAUUUCCCUCGUUCUCUCGAUAUGUCGAGAUUCAAGGUUCGGGAACUGGGUAGCGAGUUCAAGCUCAAUUAUUUCAAUAACGUCGGUGAUAUCGUAAACACUUUGUUCUUGGAGAAAGCUGUUGUCAAGUACCUAGAUAGUGAUGCGGAGAGUUACAAAUUCGUGCUGCUUACGAUUCAUGUUUCCGGGAAACUAGCUGUGUUUAGGUCUUGGGAUCGUGCUUGGACUGUGAUCAAUGACAUGCCUUCUCCUUACGAUGACGUGAUGCUCUUCGACGGACGUUUCUUUGCUGUUGACAACAAUGGCAGGACUGUGGUUGUUGAUUUCUCUUCUCUUAAACUGACUUUGGCUGCAAGUCCUGUGUAUGGAGGUGACAAGAAGUUUCUGAUUGAGUCUUGUGGUGAAAUGUUGCUCGUCGAUAUGUACUUGAGCAUGGAGGAGGUUGAUGGUGAUCCUGGAUUCGCAGAGGCGAUCUUGCAGCAUCAUGCGUUUUAUGUGAAUGAGAGAACGGUCAAGUUUAAAGUAUUCAGAUUUGUGGAAAGAGAGAAUAGUUGGGUUGAGGUUAAUGAUUUGGGAGAUAAAAUGUUGUUUCUUGGUGAUGACUGCACCUUCUCCGCUUCAGCGUCUGAUAUAUUACCUCACUGUGAGGGAAGCUCCGUGUUCUUCAACGGGAAUGUCUUCAAUGAGGAUAACUUGGGUGGGAUGCAAGAUCGAGAUUUGGGAGUUUUUGAUUUCAGGACUGGGAAAAUAGAGCUGGUGCAAACGCUCCCUGAGUAUGCCAAGCUGUUUUGGCCUCCACCUCCAUGGAUUACUACUUCUCAUGAGCGUGGUGAAACAUCAUCCCGAUCUUGAAGCAGGUUGUUGUAUAAUCCUGACUCUACGACCUUGGAGAUGAUAUUGAUAUGGUUACGGAGAUUAAUCGCUCUGACACUUGUGAGAUUGAGAGAACCCAUAGAGACCACACAACUUGAAAAUUGCAUGUUUUUGUGUUUUGUUUCUUUUGCGUGUAACAGACCCUCACAAAGUUACAAUCUUUUUUAGUUUACUUGGCAUUUGUACAUAGAGAACCUUUCUUUGUAAUCUUUUACCAAAAAAACAGAACAGUUUGAUUUUAUAGCAAGUAAAAGACGUAAGCUCCUAUAUAUCAAUAA